GGAAGCAGUAGUGCAUUGGCCAGCGACUUGUUACCAAAGCUUCCCAAAUGACUUCUGGGAAUCGCAGUUUUCUGGCCCUGGCAACCGUUUCCAGGGACUCAUUUUCAGCCAGCCGCUUGUUUUAAAGUCGUCUGUGCUGUUUUACUAAAGAUGGGCUCCACGUGGCCAGAAGUGGACUUGCAAGUUCCUAGUACUCUGAGGCACAGGAGUGGCGGGGCUGAUUUCCAAACUCCAGCCAGCGUGAGUAGGCGAACGUGUUCCAUGCUUGGAGAACCACGAGCCUGCUAUGCCAGAGAAGUCAAGUCGUUCCCCCAAGGAAAGUCCUGCUAGUCAGCGGCCACUCUCUCGGUUUCCGGGUCUGCUUACCCUAGAGGACGUGAAGUUAUUCUCCCGUCUCUGCCUCCUGAGUGCUGGGAUUAAAGAUGUGCACCAUCACCGCGUCCAGCCAAUACUCACCUGUGCUCACUGCCACAUUGUUCAGAGAAAUCAAGCUAUACAAUCAGCACAGAUGCCCAUGAACAGACAUUAGAGCCUACUUCAGGAUUCUGGUGUAUAUGAAGACCAGCUGAAGCAUUCAGCCUUGUGGGGUAAACAUCUACUGAAUUCUUGGACCUUCUGUUGGGAGACAGCCUUUGCUGGUCUAGCUGGACCACAACCUGUAAGCCAUUCUAUCACCACUGUGAUCAUUGUCAACCUCUACUUGGUGGUGUUCACAUCUUACUGGCCUGUCACCGUGUUGAUGCUCACCUGGCUGGCUUUUGACUGGAAGACCCCUGAGCGAGGUGGCCGCAGGUUCACCUGUGUGAGGAAGUGGCGUCUGUGGAAACACUAUAGCGACUACUUCCCACUCAAGAUGGUGAAGACGAAAGAUAUUUCACCUGACCGCAACUACAUCCUUGUCUGCCAUCCUCAUGGGCUCAUGGCCCAUUCAUGUUUUGGUCACUUUGCCACUGACACAACAGGCUUUUCCAAGACCUUUCCUGGUAUCACUCCUUAUAUGCUCACACUAGGAGCCUUUUUCUGGGUACCUUUCCUCAGAGAUUAUGUAAUGUCUACAGGGUCGUGCUCUGUGAGUAGAUCCUCCAUGGACUUUUUGCUUACCCAGAAGGGCACAGGCAACAUGCUUGUGGUGGUGGUUGGUGGCCUGGCUGAGUGCAGAUACAGCACGCCAGGCUCUACCACCCUGUUCUUGAAGAAGCGGCAAGGCUUUGUGCGCACAGCCCUUAAACAUGGGGUGUCUCUAAUCCCAGCUUAUGCCUUUGGAGAGACAGACCUCUAUGACCAGCACAUUUUCACUCCUGGGGGCUUUGUCAAUCGCUUCCAGAAGUGGUUCCAGAAGAUGGUACACAUCUACCCCUGUGCUUUCUAUGGGCGUGGCCUCACCAAGAACUCCUGGGGCCUUCUGCCCUAUUCUCAGCCAGUAACCACUGUUGUUGGAGAACCUCUACCAUUGCCCAAGAUUGAGAAUCCGAGCGAGGAGAUUGUGGCCAAAUACCACACACUCUAUAUUGAUGCCCUACGAAAAUUGUUUGAUCAGCAUAAGACCAAGUUUGGCAUCUCAGAGACCCAGGAGCUGGUGAUAGUUUGAAAGACAUUCCCUUGACUGGAUGGUGUGGAACUGAUGACAACAGGGCAAGGUUACCUGUGGAGCUUCACUUCUGACUUGACUGGUCCUCACUGGAGGGAGGUGGGGGUGUGCAUCCAUGUGGUUGUUUUCUGUGCCCAUCCUUUCCCACCUCCCUCUCUUUCUCUUAGUUUUUGUCUUUUUCCCCUGAGACAGAGAAGACUCUAGGCAAAAGUCCACUGAAGUCAUUGGACUUUCAUGAAAGCAUUAGCAGCAAGGAAACCUGUAGGUGGAAUAAACAGCCCAUCUCUGGUACUGUGUGCUCCAGCUGGUCUGUUUGGAGGGCUCUAAGACCUUGUGUGUCUGCCAUUGUCCUGGCUUCAAGACUCUUACAGGACUGGGUAUCUCAAGAGCCAGGGGACAUUGGGUUCAGUCCGUAGCAUGCUCAAGACCUAUGAUGUUUAAGGGCAAUCCGUCACCUUUUAUCUUUUUUCUAUAGCUAUAAAAUGGGACUAACAAUCCUUCCCUUGCUUACCUCAAAGGUUUCUGUCAAAAUUAAAUGCUACUGCAUGUGCCUGAACAUGAUAAA